AUGCGGCUCCACGUCUAUCUGGGGGACGGAUUUAGUUUCUAUGUUGAGGUGCAGCCCUUAGAUAGCAUAGAGCAGCUCUCACAGUGCAUCGAGCAAGAGACAAACGCCCUCUUCGACGUUGUUGAAUCGAGGGACGAAUACAUAUCUAUACUCGGCUUGAAAGACGGCUUUUUCAAUGACCUACUUCCUAAUAACACUGUGGCAGACAUAUUUACGGCGGAUGACGUGGUCUUUCCGACGCUGGACCUUACUCGUUCCUCUGAUGCGGAGAUCUUGGAAAACAGGGCCACAAGUGACAAGAAGUAUUCCCUGUCCAUUCUCUCGCUGAUGCCGAAGGAGUCAUCUAUCAUGCACACUGCCAUAUCGAAGACAGUUUCUGAGAGAGAACGUCAGAGACUUCUUCAGGAGUCCCGGACCUGUCCCUCAUCCUCCGAAACCAACCGCAGCAUCGUGGUGACGAAGGAGGGGGGCACGCGGUCAUCUGGUGUGAACAAUAUGGGGACUGCGGGGGACAUCGGAGACUUGUUACACGUGUCUCAUUUGUAUCACAGCAAGGCCUCAGCAGAAGACACUACAGGGGUUGGUUCCUCUCAGAACGCAACGAGUUCACUCACGGGGGGAUACUCUGGAAGUGCAGCAGGCAGAGAGUGCUCUUCACAGCACAAGUAUGGCAAUUUUGCCCACUCUUCGUCCGACUACUUAAGCUCCCGAUCAAUUGACAGGUGUCACCCCUACUGCACUCCGUUGUCAGAGUUCGGAGACAACAGGUCAAUCUGCCCCAUUUGCAAUGAAAUAAAAGCAUAUCGUGCUUCUGCAGGGCCCCACUGCACUCCCUUCUGCAAGAGUGGAGAAACACAGAAAUCUAAGUCAAGUGGGCUAGAGUUCUGCUCUGUAUGCAUGUCACGUUACAGAGCGCAGAAGUAUACAAAAGGUGCCCUCCAUCAGUGUGCGCAAUGUCAUCGCCCGUGGUUACGUCUAAACAUUAAAGGUAUCUGUCGCACAUGCCACUUGAGCGACGACGCGUCGUCCCACGUUCCUUUCCAGCCUUAUGUUGUGCCUCUGGACAAUUGGAUAGACCGUGGCUAA